CGGGAAUCGACUCUUCUUGUCAGGCUUUCUUUCUUCAAUUUUGUCUUGCUUUAUUGUUGCUUCCCAGGCUAUGUUAAGGAAUCGUUGAGAGUAUUGCAGCAACUAACUAGCAAGGGAUGAUUUUUUUUCAAGAAUCAAGCACAAACUGGAAUCAUAGUUAUCAUUUCCAUCUGAGCUAUAUGAUCGACAGUCUCGACUAAAAAGUAAUAAGGCAGUUCUCAUGGUAGAGCUUGAACGUCGUCAGCGACACUAGCUAGUAGCGUAUUGUAGCGUGAGUAGGGUAUUAAUAAUAACUUUAUUGGGACAUUUGUGGUGAUUGGCAAUGAGACAACUGCAUAAUGGCGAAUUUAACUUAAUAUACUAAGAAUAUACCUCGAGAACACCAUAAUCGUCAAUGUUUCUUCGGAAGGUUGCGUGGUAGCUAGCAUGAUAGCUAUGUUGCAGGUAACUAGAUUGCUAUCCUGGGUGUGAAUGUUGACUGAUUGACGCUUGGUUAUAAGGCCUACAACUUAAUAGAACAUUGCUUAUUGUAAAGAAGAUUUUGACAUUCCUUCAAGUGCCAUUGCUAACUAGAUUAAUCCAAACCGUUUGCUUGCUAGCUAAAUUGUAUUGAAACUCAUUAGCUAACUUUAGUGGAACGAGUUUGUAGCCGGAUAAUCUAUUUCUACGACAUGGUCGUAGUGCAGCACAGCCCAUUAAAACAUCAAAUUGGUCACCUCUAGAAAUGGACUGUUCUGUGUAAACUGACAGCUGCUUUAUUGCAUUGGGUUAAUGCAGUUUUGCACCAUUCUACAGUUGGGGAGUUUUUGGUGCCACGUUUGACCUGGAUUGAGAUAGCUAACAAGCCACUAUCAAUCGUCUUGCCAGAGAUAAAAUGUCAGAUAACCAGGGCAACCCGAACAACAACAUCCCGCAAAAUAACAAUGGCGGGGCGAACAGGAUACGAAACCCUAAUAUCAACCAAAACCCACUCAUCAGUGUUCGAGACAGACUUUUCCAUGCCCUAUUCUUCAAGAUGGCAGUUACCUAUGCCAGAUUGUUUCCACCGUCUUUCAGAAGAAUCUUCGAGUUCUUUAUCCUACUAAAGGCACUCUUUAUUCUCUUCAUCCUGGCCUAUAUCCACAUCGCUUUCUCACGCUCGCCUAUCAACUGCCUGGAGCACGUUCGGGAGAAGUGGCCGCGUGACGGCAUCCUGCGAGUGGAGAUCCAGCGCAACUCGUCGCGUGCGCCCAUCUUCCUGCAGUUCUAUGACUCAGACGGUCUCCAGGGCCUGGUCAAGGAGCCGGAGGGGGAGGGAGGAGGAGGAGGGCUGGGCCUGGCCGCGCUCCACCACGAGGAGGAGGACGAGGAGGAGAUGACCCUGGAGAUGUUUGACAACAGUUCUGUGAGGUUUGAGCUUGACAUCGAGCCGCGGCUGAAGCCCUCACUGAGUGGUGGGGGAGGGGGCCUCAACGACAGCCAGGACCUCUCCUUCAGCCAGGCGCCCACUAAAGUGUGGCCUCAGGAGGAUUACAUAGUGGAGUACUCUCUGGAGUACGGCUUCCUCCGCUUGUCCCAGACCACCCGUCAGCGCCUCAACAUCCCUGUCAUGGUCGUCACACUGAACCCCAUGAAGGAUCACUGCUUUGGGGACAGCUUCAGUCGCCUCCUCCUGGAUGAGUUCCUGGGCUACGAUGACAUCCUGAUGUCUAGUGUCAAGGCCCUGGCAGAGAACGAGGAGGACAAAGGCUUCCUCAGGAAUGUGGUGUCCGGAGAACACUACCGAUUUGUCAGCAUGUGGAUGGCUCGCACCUCCUACCUGGCUGCCUUUGUCAUCAUGGUAAUAUUCACCCUGUCAGUGUCUAUGCUGCUGCGCUAUUCCCACCACCAGAUCUUUGUCUUCAUUGUGGACCUUCUGCAGAUGUUGGAGAUGAACAUGACUAUUGCUUUCCCAGCAGCGCCUCUGCUUACCGUCAUCCUGGCUCUCGUGGGCAUGGAGGCCAUCAUGUCGGAGUUCUUCAACGACACCACCACCGCCUUCUACAUCAUCCUCAUCGUGUGGCUGGCCGACCAGUACGACGCCAUCUGCUGCCACACAAACACCAGCAAACGUCAUUGGCUGAGGUUCUUCUAUCUGUAUCACUUUGCGUUCUACGCCUACCACUACCGCUUCAACGGCCAGUACAGCAGCCUGGCUUUGGUCACCUCCUGGCUCUUCAUACAGCACUCCAUGAUCUACUUCUUCCACCACUAUGAGCUUCCGGCCAUCCUGCAACAGAUCCGCAUCCAGGAGAUGCUGCUGCAGAACCAGCUGGCGGGCCAGGGGGGCAACCAGACGGCCCUGCAGGACAACCUCAACAACAACACCACCACCGCUGCAGCAGCCCCAGCUCGGGGAGGGGAAGCCAACGGCCAGGUCCGACCGCCAGAUGAGCCCCUGGCUUCUUCAGUGGCCCAGGCCCAAGGUUCAGCGACCCUGGCUUCCCAGUCAAACGGCCUGGCCGGGAGCGCCGCGUUAGAAGGGGCCGUAGGAGAGUCGACGACGGAGCUGGACUGGUUGGCGGAGACGACAGCCAUCAUCACGGAGGCCUUGUCUUCCUCAGCCCCCCAACCUGGGGGGUCUUUGCCUUUGCUGGAGAGCACGGCAGGGGGAUUGCUGGGGGAGGCCAGAGGGGUGGGGAGGGUUGGUGUUUCUGAGGCAGGCCUCAGCGUGGUGGCGGAGAUUCGAAUGGGGGGUGGUGGUGGAGGAGAGAGCACAAGUGGUACCGGUCCCAGCUUGAUGGCAGUGGAAAUCAAAACCAUAGUGGCCUGUAGAGGCAGUGCAGCAGGAUCAGGCCUGCCUCCUCCCUCUCCAAUGGGAGGACUCCAGGAAGCAGAGACUUGCUUCUCUAGUGUCAGGCCGUCCCUUCCUCAACCACCUUUUCCACACACAGACUGCAGUAGGGCAGUGGUUGGGGAGCCAAAAUGCCCCAGGCAGAGCCCCACAGAUUGGGACUCCAAGACUGAGGAAGCCCCCAGCCCCACUCCAUCCUGAGCUCCCCCCCCCCCCCACAUGCUCCCAUACGCAGAGGAAACAUAUCUUCUCCCCCUCAAUUCUUCUUCCAACACCGCAAGAUGCCGACGUGGCUUUAUUCCUGUAAUGUCAUUCUUACGACACCAAGGAGAAGAAGAGGGGGAUGGGAAGCUGAGGAAAAGAAAAGCCCCGCCUCUCAACUUCUCUUCAAAGGUGUGCAAUUGUUUGGAAAUGGCUACCUUGACAUACAUUUUGUUGCCUUGAGAUUUAAAAAUGUUUUGGGGAGGAAAAUGUAUUUGUAAAAUAAUCAAUCCUAUUGCAUUGGUGAUAUACAAUUCCUUAAAGAUGAUGAUUCUGUUGGUUAGGGGGUGUCUCGACUGGCUUUGGAAAUGGCGGUGUAUGUUUCCUUUUGAGAGCACAGUGGACUACAAGGCUGCAACACAUGACCUCUUGUCCUAUCCAUCCAUUCAUUCCAUCUGGUCCUCAAACCCAGAAAAAAACAACCCUGUGUUUUGAGUUGCUCAUUUCUUUCAGAACUGUUAAACAGGCUAAUAAAGUUGCUGUGGUUUGUCAUGAUACUUGGCCAAACCCCACUUCUCACAAGCUCUCAACUUUUUCCUACAGUUUGGAGGUUGUAGUCCUAACUGGCAACUGGCUCCGCAAGCUAGCUCUAUCCCUGACUGGAGCAUCGUGGGAAAUUGAGUUGAUAUCCACUGUUUUUGAGUGUUAAGUAGAUGACCUUGCUCGGAUGUUUUGCCAAUCCACUGCUCUUAUGAUGAUUGGCAGUUGCUCCCGUACUGCUUGAGCCGCAGAAGAGCUGUCAUGACUGCAGUUUAUUGUCUUAACCCGUUUUUUGAGUGAACCUGCAUCAUUACUUCCCUCUGGGACCUUUUCUGUGUACCGUCAGGACACUAGGCCCAUUUUCUCACCCAUAACUCAUUACCAGGUUUUGUCUUUCAAAUUGCAAUCGCUUCACUGUGCAGAUACAUGAUCAACUGGAAGGCUUUACCAGACACCUGUAUCAUGGUCUUUAAUGUUAAGUCACUAUACUAGUCCCUGUGGCCCUUUAGACCCCGUGGUUCCCAAACUCAAGAACCCCCCUGGGUGCAUGUUUUGUUCAAAUAAUCAAAGCUUGAUAAUGAGUUGGUUAUUUGAAUCAGCUCUGUGGUGCUCGGGCAAAAACCUAAACAUGCACCCGGGGGGGCCAGGAAGGAGUUAGUGAAACCUUGCCUUACAUCCUGUAUUCCAAAAGAGGAGCAUGUGACCGUAAGAAUGAAGUUGUAUUAGGAUGUUUUCUGGUGCAGGGCAUCAGCUGACGGCAGCCCACUCUAAGCUGGUAACACACAGGUCUUUGCUUCAGACUAGCACAAGACGAUAGCAGGCUAUGUUAAAUGGCUUCAGGGUAAAGCUAUUGUAACCACGCCAACCAAUCUCCAUUACAUGUGUCAUUGAUCUACCAUUCAGCUGCCAAAAUGGCAAGUUGUGAUGAAAUUGCAUGCCUUGGACGCUCCAAUUUAAUUUGGUAAAGAGCGUAUUUUCAUAAUGUUUCUUGUUUUAAAACCUCCAGAUGAUGAUGAUGAUGAUGAUGAAGCUGCUGAAGACUACCUUGGAAACUUUACCAGACUUGUGUGGCCACUGCUUUGUUCGAUAGCUCACGAGAGACUAAACUGGACUUGCAAGCCUAGUAAGAUGCUACUGUGAGACAAACUACCGGUCAUCAGAUGGGCCUGACAUACAUCAUGCUUCCCCUUUCUGGAACCAGCUGAACACGGUUCUAAGAUGGACAGGGUGUAACAGAAGUCGAGAGAAUUUAAAAUUCUAACGCCAUAGAAGUAGAAACUGGCAGGGCAGAAUAAACAGGGAAUAAUGACAUAUGUGUUCAAUGUUCCAAUGUCUACAUCCUUAUCUGUUGAAACAGGACAAUGUCCUGGCCAGAGAGCUUUAUGUUGAUGCCUUAUGAUUCCAAAUGAGAUAUUAUUAUUGGAAGUGCAUGUUGAGACUUCCUUAGCAGUUGAAUUUAAGCAGGUUUUUGACGUAUAGUGGCCUCAUAUCAGAGGGAAAUGGUUUAUAUUUCAACGGAAUCACGAUAACCAAGGGACAUUUAGCAAAAUGGGUUAGUCUUUUCCAUUGUUAGUUCUAUUGAGACGGGAGUAGAAUCAUUUCUGUUCAGUGACUUGGGUGGAGGUGUAGUCAUGGCUAUGCAGUGGGCAGGACCGAGGACGUGGUUCUGGUUUGAAAGGUCCAAAUUGUGCAAUAUGACACGAAGUCAGUUUAAAGAGAAGAGUCUUGUUCAUUGUAGAAGAGGAUACUUUUACAGAUGCGACAAAUAUGCUCCAUCAAUGACCCGUUUCUUUAUCCGUUCUGUAAGAAAAAACGCGAUGAUUGUAGCAAUGCAACAGUUGCUGUCCAUUUGUAGCUCAUUUUAGGCAAUGAAAAUGAAUCCUUCAAUCUGUGAUGGACUAGAUUCCUUCUUUCAUUCAAAUGUAUUUAACUGUUCGGUAAACUAAGUGCAGAAGAAGCAUUCUUUGCACAAACAAUU